AGGCUCACUGCUCAAAAAUAGCUAAGAAGUUUUCAUACAAAAACAAAGUUAUUUAUUAAAAUUCCCAAGUCCCAACUCUAAUAUUAUAUUUAGCAUCACGUAUACUACCGAUUAAGAUUCAUUGAUUCCUUAGAAAUGGAAGAAGCAGAGCUCCAGUGCUUCACCGUUCCCAUCCUGCUCGUCCUAGUAAUUUCAUUGCUAGUCCUCAUCGGCCGGCGCCAGAGGCGAAUCCUCCGGCUGCCACCGAGUCCAGUCGGCCUGCCGAUAAUCGGCCAUCUGCAUCUCCUUUCUCAGAUCCCCCACCAAUCCUUCCAUACGCUCUCUCAGCGCCACGGCGACCUUCUCCACCUCCGCCUCGGCUCCGUGCCCUGCUUGGUUGCCUCAUCUGCUUCUUCAGCCAGGGAGAUAUUAAGGACGCAAGAGUUGGCCUUCUCCGACCGCCUUCAGUUCAAGAUCGCGAGCUACUUCGCCUACGGCGGCUCCGGGUUCGUCUUCGCGCAUUACGGUCCCUACUGGAGGUUCAUGAAGAAGCUUUGUAUGUCGGAAUUCCUCGGUGGCCGGAUGCUUGACCUGUUCCUCCCUAUCCGGCGCGAUGAGUUGAUAGCGCUGGCUCAAUCUUUGUACGACAAGUCCAAGGAAGGAAGAACCACCGUCGACGUGAGCGGCGAGCUUUCAAGGUUCGUCAACAAUGUGAUCUCCCGGAUGACGAUGAGCCGCCGAUCCUCCAAAUCUGAGGGAGAGUCAGAGGAGAUCAGGAAGAUGGUGGAUGAGAUGAUUGAUUUGAUGGGCAAGUUCAAUUUGGCAGAUUAUAUUGGAAUCUUCAAAUUUUGGGAUUUGCAAGGUCUAGAUAAGAGGAUGGAGGACGUCCGCCGGCAGUUCGAUCACAUGAUGGAGACGAUCUUGAAGGAGAAGGAGGCUUCGAAGGGAAAACUAGGAGAUGGAAUAAAGGAUUUUCUGGAUAUAUUGAUGGAUACCUCAAAGGAUUCUUGCGCAGAAGUGAAACUGACAAAGGAGAACAUAAAAGCCUUCGUGUUUGAUGUCUUCGCCGGUGGAACCAGCUCCUCGGUCACUGCCAUGGAAUGGGCACUGGCGGAGCUCAUCAACCAUCCAAACAUCCUGCAGAAGGCGCGAGAUGAGAUCGACAUGGUAGUCGGUAAGAAAAGGCUGGUGGCUGAGUCCGACGUGCCCAACCUCCCGUACUUGCAGGCUGUCAUCAAAGAAUCGCUAAGGCUGCACCCCGUCUUCCCUCUAAUCAUUCGGAAAUCUAUCAGGGAGAGCAAGAUUAAAGGUUACGACGUUCCGGCAAACACGGCGGUCUUCAUCAAUACCUGGACCAUUGGGAGGGACCCGGCGCAGUGGUCGGAACCACUGGAGUUCCGGCCAGAGAGGUUCACGGAAGAGGGAAGGAAGACGGUGGAUUUCAGGGGUCAGCACUUCGAGCUGAUACCGUUCGGGAGUGGGCGGAGAGCUUGUCCAGGGUCGUUCCUAGCGCUGCAGCUUCUACAAUCUGCGCUCGGAAUGAUGAUACAGUGCUUCGAUUGGGGGGCGGACGGCGGAGAGACUGUGGACAUGGCUGAAGGACUGAGCAUGACACUCGCCAGGGGAAGAGCUUUGCUUUGCACGUCGGCGCCGCGCUUAAAUCCGUUACCGUUGGAAUAAAACUCAGAAUUUGCGACAUGAAAUCGUAACAUAGCUUCGACCAUCCAAGUGCACUGCUCGUGUGGAUAAAUAAAAACUUCAUAUUUGUUAAACAACUAUAUGGUCACACUUACUACACAAAUCUUGUUUUAGAAUGGGCAAAUGUGCCGACAUUCAGGCUUAAACAGACAAUAGUUUGUUGAUAGGUUCGCUAAUUAUAUGAUCAAAUCUGGAUGCGAUUGACUAAUAUAGUCUGUAGACAAGACACAAGUAUCUCUA